UCACCUCUAACUACCCUUUUCACAAACUCCAUCUCUUUCACCCCCUUUUUUCACAUAAAAGUUCACAACUUUAUUCAAACCAUGAUGUUCCUCCUCACCAAACUCCUCCCUCUCCUCCUCCUCUCAUCCCUCGCCACCCUCCACCUCUCCACCGCCGGCGACCCCGACAUCCUCACCGACUUCGUCCUCCCCACACCACCACCGGAAAACUCAAACACCACCCUCACCGGCGACUACUUCACGUUCACCGGGAUCCGCCCGCUCUUCCACCAACGCCCCACCUCCUUCAAAAUCGCCAAGGCCAGCCUCGCCGAGUUCCCAUCCUUAGAAGGCCAGAGCGUCUCCUACGCCGUCCUCCAGUUCCCCGCCGGCGCCGCCAACCCUCCCCACAUCCACCCGCGCGCCUCCGAGCUCCUCCUCGUGGCGCGUGGGGUCCUCGAGGUCGGCCUCGUCGACAGCGGCAACAGGCUGUACACCCAGACAUUGCAGUCCGGGGACAUGUUCGUGUUCCCUAAGGGUUUGGUGCAUUAUCAGAGCAAUGUCGGGAGGAACACGGCCGUGGCGUUCUCGGCGUUCGGGAGCGCGAGUGCCGGGACGGUUUCGCUGCCGCCGGCGUUGUUUGCGUCAGGGAUCGAUGAUGAUGUGCUGGCGAAAGGGUUUAAGACGGACGAGGAUACGGUUCGUGGGCUCAAGGCGGGUCUUGCGCCGCCGAUGAAGUAUUGAUGAUCGUGUGGUGGGGGAUGGGAUUCGAUUUGUUGUUGAGCAGAAUAAACGGCUGUGAUCUUGUUUUGUUGUCAUGGUGUCAUGGAGUUGGUUUUUCUUCUUCUGAAUUCUAGUGUUUCAUGGGAAUGACAUGCUUUACUUUCCAUGCUUGGUGUUUCCCCUAAAGAAAAAAGGUGGCUCGGAAGUGGGAGUAAUGUGUGGUUGAGCAAUAAUUAACAUGCCUUCAUUCAUUGAGAUUAGGUCAAAAGAAAGGGGAAAGAGAAUUUAUAGGAAAAAUGAAGGAUAUUAUUUAUGUGUUUAACUUUCAUAUUGGGUAAACACAGAUCAGGAAUGAAAUAUACACUUUUCCAUUUGAGGGUUGAACAAUGUUUUUACCCAAAAUAUCCACUAAAGUUAGUUAAUAAUGAAAUAUACCUAGCUCCUAGUCGUUUUUUGAAUAAAUAUAAAAAAUGAAA